GCGAUACAGGGGCAGAUCAACCCAGGCUUUUAACAAGUAUGUGCCCUCACAUGCGGGGCCACAUGGGGUUCUCAGUCAACCACCCAGCCCUGUGCAGCUCAGGCUAAAACUGGGUCAGCCUGAAAAUAGCACAGAUGAUGCGCCAGGACUGUUCAUCAUGAACACUGAACACGGACAGAAACCUGUUGUGCAGACACCUGUCAAUGUCUGGUUCAGAGUUUUUGAAGUCUGCUGAUAGCUGUUCAGUCCUUGUAUACUUUCCUGUCUCACAUGUGUACUUGGAUUUCUACCUGCGAGGACCGAAAAACACCUACUCUAACUCUCAAGCCAAGUGAACGACGACUCUUAACACUGCCAGGCCAGAUGCAGUUGGUGUGCAGUCCAUUUCUGUGGGUAUGAUGAUGUAUGGUGGGCCAGAAGCGCCAUGUGGCUAGCUGCAGAUAGCAGAGGGCUGUGAACCUGGUCACUGCAUGGGGUAGGGCCAGAGACACAGAGAUAAACAGUAUCCUUGAAGGGGCCCUGAGUUCAACAGGGGAGAGUUACCCAGUCUGAGGAUGUGGAUUUUACCAGGCUCAUAAGCGUACAGCAGGUUAUCUGGAUGAAGGCAGACUAUUUAUUUCAUACAACAGAAAAAUCCUUCCAGACUGAGCCCAAUUAGGCUAAGAGGCACAUAAGCGUAGCUAACAUGUACAUGUCCAUACAGGAAACCAUGAUUGGCAUUUGACGGAAGGAGGAAAGCGACACGAUGAAAGAGAAGAGCAUAUCCUAGGCUGGGCUUGGCAGCUGAUUCACCACCCAAAGUACUGGCCAGACGUCUGUUUACAUGGAUACACAGGCUGUCUGCUGUAUGUAAUGUGCAUACGCGUACAUGUACAUUUCUCACACAGCUGGUCAGUUUAUACCACAGCUGUGCUUUCAUACAUGUAGUGGGAAACCCACACAGCUGAAAUCUACAUCAACAUCAUCAGUGAGGAUCUACCUUUACCUAGUGGAACACCUGUGAUGAGAUCAUGUGCCUUUCAUGUGUGUUCAUUUCUGUGUCAAGUUACACCUGGAAUAUUUAGUGUUUCUUUCACGACCUGAUGUGCAUAUAUCUUAACACAAUGUCUGUGUGUGUGUGUUUCUUCUUCAUUCAAUCCAUACCUGGAAUCCAGUAACCCCUGGACAUUUUAUCAGUUCAUCAGGAAAUAUUUUCACAACUGAUACAUGGAUUAAUACGUUAAUUCUUUCAUGGCUGGAUUUUGACAGACAUAACAGAGAUAACAUCAAAGUUCUGAAGUAGACAUUCAGGACUGACUUUUAUUAUUAGCUCUGAAUUGUAAUAUAUUUCAUUAGGUUCCUAGCUUGUUAAUUUGAAUUACAUGUGUUGAUUAAAUCAGUCACACGUGCAUGUGCAGGCACCAGACAGCAAGCCUGUGUCACGGCCACCUAGGAACAUACAAUAAGCAGCAUCCACUUAUAGUAAAGGGAGUUACAUGGAGUGAUAUGUACAUGUGACAAGUGUAGAAGCAAUAUCUGUGUUGAAAUCUACGUCUGAUUAGAAAUCCAGUGGAAGCAAUAGUUUUAUUGUGCACAGAAAGUCUGAAGGUGCAAUAAGAUCAAAGGAUCACAAAAUGUUUUCCCAAAUAAUGUAUGUUUGUGUGCUAUCACAAACUGUGAUGGCUUUCCCAGUGAAACUUAAGUACACUUACAAUAUAAGUGGCAGGGAUGAUGCUAAAGAUAGCUGGAAUGUGCAGCCUUCACACAAGCCCAAACAUUUACCUAUGGAACUUUCUAAGUCAAGAAUUCUAUCAGUGGAACAUUUUUUACGUCGGAAUAUUUCUGACAUUUUAAACAGCAGCGAGCAGAAUGCCUUUAACCCGCCUGAAGGUACCCAGCAUGUUUCUCAGUCUGGUUAUAAGGGGAGGCUGACUGUAAAUAGCAAAGUCUCUAGUCACAGGGCACAGCCUUUAAACCUGCAGAUCUCCACGUUUGAGCAAGAAAGGCACAUCGUUACAGGUAGAGGCCCUACCGGUACUAGAGCAGACACACGUCAGAAAACCCCCCAUCCCCUACCCUUACAUCAUACGGGGACAGAUUUCCUUAAAAGCCUGUCUGAUCCGGCGGCAGUGAAUCAGCCUUCUCUUUCACAAAAUCUGCCAGUUCAAGGGGCGCUGAAGAUCCAGCCUGCCAAAUCUGACUCAGGCUUCACCUACGAGGCCAAAGGAGCCGGUCAAAACAGCAACGGUGUGGCAAAAGCCCUAGCUCAGGCAUCAAAUGUACAAGGUACAAACCCAACUAGGACUACAUCUACCAUGAUUCUGGUCAUCAGCAGCACUGUGGUCGUCUUGCUGGUCACAUGCAUUACUGUGUCCAUAUUUCAGUGCUGUUGCCGAAAGAAACGGAACACAGAAGAGCUACAGCCCUCUGCCGGGGAGACCAAAGAGGAAGUCGACAACCACUCUUUACUGCGUAGUAGAAACUCUGUGCACGACACACCCACCUACAGGCCUUUAUCCAUCAACAGCACUGGCGAUGGACUGGAGGAGGUCGCACCUCAGCUGUCUGUCAGGGACAAAAUUAAAGCCUUUGAGGGUCAGUCCAAACCUGAUCAGGAAAAUAAAAUCAGCACCCCGGAGCAUGGGAAGCCAGUCAGAAAGCGUCCCAAGAGUAAAGCCUUUGAGGAGUUUGAAAAUCAGGGCAUUAUCAUUGGCAUGGGAAUGGUUAAAUCUAACAGGCCUAAAUCCACAACAGAACCUGACCCUGACAUGUCCACAGAACCAGGGCUACUUAAUGAGAUAAUGGCCAGCAUGUCUUCUGAUUACAACAACAUCACCAUGUUUUCUGACACCUCAGACAGAGUUGUACAGAAUAGCUCCACUACCAGCCCUGACACAGAGAUGAGCUCCAGCUACCUGGAGGACAAGGAGCUAGAUGAAUUCUCAGGUGUGCAGAGGAACACCAAAAUUUUACGAUCAUUUAAACGAGCUCCUCCACCAAAGAACCGAUCCCGCUCAAAACGCUCCUCCAGACGACGUCUGCCAUUGAAAGAUGCUACAAACUUAUCAUCUGAAGAUACCACAGAUGGACCAAUGGAAAUUCCAGAUAAAUGUGAAGUACAAGUUGAUCACUUAAAGGAGCAAUCCCCAACAGAUACAAGUGUGUACAGAGUGUGGAAGGACUUUGGUUCUCCUUCCAUACACAGUGCAGAAUCCAGAACUGACAUUGAUAAGAUAGAUCAAGUUGACCUGUCAACCAAUGGAAACAGGUCUGCGAUUAAUGGCCACACCCCCUCAACACUCAAUGGCUACAGUCAACGUGAGGAGGAAUCAAGGAAGAGGACUGAUAGGGAAGCCACUCCUCCUGAUAAAACUUCAGCCAGGAGCAAUCAUGAAAUCUCGAAACCUCCACCAGGUGUAAAGAUGUAUGAAAAUCCAUGUUAUGAGUCAACAGAUGUGAUACAAGCGAGCAUUCACAGGGCAUCUGCUGCAGAGAAGACUUUUAAUGGCACAAGCAGAUCACCUGAGAGAAUUGAGCCCUCAAGAUUACCUCGGGCAUUAGAUCGGCAUGCGACACGGCCUAGUGGGGAGCCUCAUGCGUCUCCUGACAGAGCUGAGGACAGAUUUCCUCGAAAGAAAUCUCAGAGUUGUGACCUUCCGGAAUCUCAGAGUCGUCAAUUUCCCGACUCUCGGAGUCGUGUUUCUCCAGAAUCUCGGAGACCUGUUUCUCCAGAAAUUCAGAGUAGAGUCUCUACAGAUUCUCGUAGUCGUGUGUCUCCAGAAAUUCAGAGUAGAGUCUCUCCAGACUUUCGGAGUCGUGUGUCUCCAGAAUUUCAGAGUGGAGUCUCUUCAGACUCUAGGAGUCGUGUGUCUCCAGAAUUUCAGAGUGGAGUCUCUUCAGAAUCUCAUACAUCUCCUGACAGAGGAGAAAAGCGAGCCUCUCCUCCCAAAACCAGCAGUCAUGUUUCAACUUCCAGAAGUGAAAAAAGACAAAGUUGGAAGGAGCCUUCUCCCAGUAACAAUGAGCCCAUGAAGCCUCUGAAACAGACCCAUUUGUGA